AUGGUAGCGACCAUUAUCUGCACGCCAAUUUUCAUAAAAAAAUUGAAAGGUGUAGAAGUUGCUACACUUGUGACAAUAACACCAACGACGACAACUGUGAUGAAACGAGAACUAACAACACCGCCAUCGGCAUCGAUAUCAUCAUCUACAACAACGAGAAGAACAACACAGAGUAUCACCAAAACAGCAACAAAAGAGGAUGCUAUCCGUCGAAGAUGGACACAAAAUGGUACUACCGUUGCGGGAGAAAAUGGUCAAGGCAAUCGACUGAAUCAAUUGAAUAAUCCUUCUCGCAUUCGGAUCGAUGUUGACGAUGAUCAAAUUAUGUAUAUCCUCGAUAGAAAUAAUCAUCGUGUCGUCAGAUGGAAGCAAGGUGAACAAGAAGGUGAAGUCGUUGCUGGGGGAAAUGGAAUAGGAAGUCAACUGCAUCAAUUGAAUCUUCCUACGGAUCUGAUUGUUGAGAAAAGCUCAAAUUCUCUUCUUAUUUGUGAUUAUAAAAACAAGCGAGUGAUACGCUGGUUCAUUAGAAACAAAACCAACGUACAACAACAAAUAAUUUUAUCCAAUUUUGAUUGUUCCAGUCUAGCAAUGGAUGUCGAUGGAAAUAUGUAUGUUUCUGAUCAUCGCAAACGGGAAAUAAAACGAUGGAGAAAAGGAGACACAAAUGGAACGGUUGUCGCAAAUGGAAAUGGUCUCGGGGAUCAAUCCAAUGAAAGGUUUCCGCUUAUACCUAUUUUCAUCGAUGGAAAUCAUUCAGUUUAUGCGGUGGAUAACUACAAUCAUCGCAUUUUGAAAUGGACAAAAUAUGCAAAAGAAGCAAUUGUUGUUGCUGGUGGACAUGGUCGAGGCGAUAGUCUUUCACAACUAGCCGUACCUAGUGAAUUGUAUGUUGAUUACCACGGUAAUAUCUAUUUGGCUGAUGAGUGGAAUUAUCGAAUUGUACGCUGGCUGAACGGAGCUAAGGAAGGUAGUGUUAUUGCCGGUGGAAAUAGGCAAGGACGUGCACCGAAUCAGUUGAAUUUGCCAUCUAGUGUAGCAUUCGAUCGACAAGGAAACCUCUAUGUAGCCGAUUCUGGCAAUCAUCGAAUACAGAGAUUCGAUGUUAUUAAUCAUUAA